UCCUGCCUCUCUCUAGCUUGAGUUUCUGAGGCAAAUGAGUUCCUCAGUUGAUUACAGAGAUGAUAAUGUCGAAAGUUGGAUCUUGUCGAAGAGUCAAGAUUAUUUCUCUUGUGGCGCCAAGCCAGGUGAGAACAUCAUGCCUGUGGAGCUUGCAAUCAAAAGAGAGAUAGCGUAUCGAAAAAGAAUAAUGACGGUACGAACACAGACUCCCGUUGGUUCUAGAGAUGCCUCUAUGUCUUCCAAGGAGACAUCCCCAAGUCAAAGUUUAGUGGGAAUAAAGAGAAAAGAACCAUCCUGCAACUUCCAAUGCUUGCCAAAACUCUCUUCCAGUUGCCAACUGCUUCAAAACCGUUCAGUAGGUCUGAACCGAAAGUUAGUAUUGAAUGUCAAGCAGCGCACUAGAGUUAGUGGAUACAAGAACUUGUAUAAAGGGUUGGAGGAAAAUCAAGAGUACAUUGGACAGAAAGGAGGCCAGCUAUGGUGCAAUGCAUGUAAUGUUCAAUGCUCGGGUGAGUACUGUUUGGCGCAGCAUUUUAUGGGCAAGAAGCAUGCUGCCUGCAUUGAGGAAAUCAAGAAUGGAAAGAGAGAAGGAACCGAAGCUGCCUAGGUCUAGCUGAAGGAACUGAAAUGUGUAUCUUAGAUCUGUAAAUGCCUAUAUACCACUUAAGUUCAGCUAACUUUGUUAUUCCCAGGAC